UGUUGCUCAGAGCGUUCAUGCUCAUCAUCCAAGUCGAAGUACUGAUCUACGUAGUACAACUGUACAAUUCAACAGCAAGACCUAGCUAAUUAAGCUUUAGCUAUACUCUGUUAGUAUGGAGAGAUCCGCAGCUCCUUCAAAGCUCCUCCUGUUCAUCCUCUUCUUCCUCCAGCUCGUCCUGCUCCCUCAACUCCUGGAAGCACGAACAUUAGGUGGUGCUGGCUACGGCUACAAGAGCCUGCUCACGACGGAUGGUGACGAUGAUCAGGCAGUGUUGCUGUCUCCGGACCUGAUUAACAUGGUGGUGUCUGAUACUGAUGAUGCAGUGGGAAGGCCUUCGAAGCGUACGCCACCGUCGCCGAAGCCGGGCCCGUCGCCGCAUUGGCCGCUGGUGGGCUGUGGUGCGCAGAGGCCUCCGGCGCCGCUGCUCAUAGCAGCUGCGCCACCGCGUGAUCAUAGUGGCCAGCAGCCUGUAAGAUAUAUAAGCUGGCUGCAGGGGAGAAUGAUGGAAGUGUUUCGCGCGUUUCUCCAGGCGAAUUGACCUCGCAGUCGCAGGGUUUUAGGCUUGCCAAGAGAGGAAUUCGAGGAGAGGAAUGAAAGACGUGCUCCAUUCUAGGAUGGUUCCCACGUGCUGGUUCUUGGUAGGUUAUUCCAUUCGAGGACGAUCUAGGCAGCAGUAGCUAAUUAACCUUGAUUUGGUCUGCUGGCAUGCCCUGUGUUCUGGAUCAUUUGUUUGAGAACCUCUGUUUUAUGUUGUAUGAAUAACCUGCACUUUGCUUGCUCUUC